ACUCAAGCAGCCACAGCCACAGCGCGAGAGCGAACGAGUCGGCGAGGUAGCGGCUGCUCCACUAGCCGGGGGGGCGUGACGGACAGGUAGCGUUCUUUUUCAAAACCAAAACAAAAUAAAACCACACGCCACACAGACCUAUAGCCGACAUCUUCGCCUCAAGGCGAGUCAGAGCCCCCUUCCCCCUUUCCCCCCCCUCCCGGGCAUGUGCAACCUCAAGACGUCCCUGCUUGCAUUCGAGGCGUGAGUGCGGUGGCUUCGCUGUUCGAAUCUCUCUGACUGCCCCCAAAGCCUCCAUUUCUUGCUGCAAGGAAAAUCAGAAUGAAGGAGGUAAUGCCUAAUAACAGUACAACAAGUAUAUCUCAAGCAAGAAAAGCAGUGGAGCAGUUAAAAAUGGAAGCAUAUCUGGAUAGGAUAAAGGUAUCCAAGGCAGCUGCUGAUUUAUUGGCAUAUUGUGAUGCUCAUAUGGGAGAAGAUCCCCUUAUUAUACCAGUGCCUGCAUCUGAAAAUCCCUUCCGGGAGAAGAAGCUCUUAUGUACUAUCCUAUGAUUCAGCCUGCAAUUAACAAUGUUAUCUGUGAAAACACAUUACCGAUGGUGCAUGCUUUUCCUCAAGUUUUCUCCCAUGUAGUAAUUUAGUCCUUUCUAGAACACAAUAUAAUCUAAGUUAAUACAUUUUAAGUGAAGGUUUUUAAUGUCAAUUUUUCUAUCAGUGGUAUGUGUUCAACAUUUCUAUUGUUCUCUAUUUGUGUUUUGUAAUAAAAGAAUCCCAUUUGUUGUUAAGUAUGCGAUAAUUAGAUUUUGUUGGUUAAAUUUCAUGAACUGUCUUUGGCUAGCCAUAGCUAGACUAGCCAUAGCUUAUAUAAUAAUGGCUUAUGAAUUAACCAAAUUGCCUGACGGAACACACAGUGAAUCAUAAAUCAACCACAGAGGUUAUAGAGUUGCACAACAUACUGAGUCACAAAUUGGCCAAUCGCCUUUUAGCCUGGUGUGUUGUGUACCAACCCAGGCUGUCUUUCAGAGGGACUGAAACUAUGAUGAGCAAUACGCACCAUCAAUUUCUUAACUAUUUUAUUUCCAUGUAAAAAGUGGGAUUUCAGAAGAGAAUGUGCUUGAUGAAUGUUUAAAUUAUGAAUAUUAAAGUUAAAUCAAAUCUUCCCAAUAAGCUGCCUUAUACCAAGUCAAACAACUAGUCAACUUACUUGGAUUUAUCUUACUGAUGGGGCAGCAUUUUCCGGUUUUGAACAGGAGCGUACUUAAGCUUAACCUGAGAUGCCAAGGAUUUAAUUUAGCAUUUUUAAAAUCUGAAACGUGUUCUUUACCAUCAAGAUGUUACUCUUCAUCUUUUUUGUGUUGCAGUAUGCUAAUUGCAGCAGGCAGUAGCACUACUAAUAAUCAUUCUAAUAAUAAUACCAGCACAUGAAAAGCCUGCAGGCCAAAUAAAGACCAUACUGAUUUCAUUCCAUAGGUCAAACUGGCACAGUGUGGAGUCCAGUUCAAAUAAAGAAUCAUUUUUUAAAAAAUUUAACACGUUAAUUAUAGUUUCUGUGGGUACAGAAUCCCAUGUCAUACUAUAAACUAUGCAGCCUGCAGCAAAGGAUGUCAUCUUGAUAUGUUCCUUAAUAUUUCAAAUUAUAUACCUCUAGCCUUUGUAAUAUGCUAAGUACAGAUUUCUAGUAUAGUUGCGUGUGUAUUAAAUAACAGAUUUCUAUGGUCUUUGUAUAGGCUCUUAUCUUUAAAAAAAAUAUUAAGUCUAUGCUGUAAAAGCUUGUUUGUCUGAAAUCAAUUAUAUAGUUCAUUUGAUAUAUGUUGUAUGAUAAA